AUGCCGUCGUACGACUCGGACGGGCAUCGCGAGUCCGGCGGCCGACGACGUCACCGGUCCACGAGUGGCACGCCCAAGAAGCGCAAACCGUCGAGCAGCGGCCGGCGGGGCACGAGCUCGCACACCCUCUCGGCGGAAGCACUGGCACAGCUGAAUGCUGGCGCGGCGGUCGCACCGUCCAGCAGCGGCGACGGCAGCAGCGCACAGCCCCAGCGAGACGAACGGCGAAGGGAUCGACGAGAGCGAGGCGACCGCGAGGCGCGACGAGAAGACAGGCUCGAGCGGGAGGAGCGGCGGGAGAGGAGGGCGAGGCGCGAGAGGCGGGACCGGGAAGAGGCCGAGGAGCGAGAAGCGAGGCGCGAGCGUGAAGAGCGGCGGGAACGGCGCGAGCGGGACGAGGGCCUAGGCCGGCAGCCCAGUCGACGCGACAGUACAGGUGCAGGUGCAGGCGGUCGUCGAGACAGUCGUCGUCGAGACAGUCGUCGUCGAGACAGCCAGGACCAGUACGAGUCGUCGCGAACACAAAGUGAAGACCGACGGCGGCGCCAGCGGCGAGACGACGAGCGUCACGAACGACACACGCGGCGACGAGAGGGGCGCGCCGGUGGGCGCGAAUCAGAACGGGAGCUGGACACGGACGACGAGCGGCGAGCAAGACACGCAAAGCGCUACGACCGCAACGAACGAUACGACCAUCAACAAAGGCAGUCGACCGACCGACGAACAUCAAAAUACUACUACAUAGACCACGAGGCCGACCACGACCACGACGACGGAUACGACCGCGUUGACGCUGGCGGCUUCGCUGAUCGGCGCCACCGCUCCAGGCGCGAUCGACGGAUACCCAGUGGUGCCGUGCUGGAGGAGGGUCGGUCACGCGGGCUGCGCAAGACCAGCGCCGGUUACCGCCACGACGCCGCGGCUGCUGCCACCGCUACGGCCGCUGCGGCGGCCGCAGGAGGUGGCUUGUUUGGCAAGUGGCGGGGGCAUUUACGGGGUGGCUUUGGCGGGCUGAGCAGCCGGGGCAGCAAUGACAGCAGCAACUCCGGCCAUACCAUCCAAAAGGUCAAGGAGGAGCAGCUCUACUACACCAAGCAGCGACAGUCCCCGCCAUGGACCAAAAAGAAGAAGCUCGUACUCUUUGGAGGCAUUGGCGGUGCCAUCUUGAUCAUCAUCAUUGCUGUCGUGGCCGUGGUUGUGAGCAAAAAGCACGGUGGUAGUGGCGGUGGGUCUUCGUCGUCCGGCUCGUCCGACAGCUCAGGAUGCAGCGGACUCGCUUGCAUUUCGCCCGCCAGCAUCCCAUCAGGAGCGCCGACGUGGCUGAACCCGUACAGCUGGGCCUCUGUGACCGACUUCAACCUCACAUACACGAGCGAAACCGUCGGCGGCCUGCCGGUCAUGGGCCUCAAUACAAGCUACGACGACUCGGCAGCAGCCAACGCCAAGACGAAACCGCUCAACCAGGCAUGGGGGUCCUACGGCACGACACCCGCGAGGGGCGUCAACCUUGGUGGCUGGCUGUCUCUCGAGCCAUUCAUCACGCCCUCCCUCUUCAACUUCAACUCACGGCUGGGCAUUGUCGACGAGUACACGCUGUGCGCCUACCUGGGCGCAGCAAAGUGCAGCAGCACGCUCGAGAGCCACUACGCGUCGUUUGUGACGGAGUCCAGCUUCCAGGAGAUUGCUGCGGCCGGGCUCGACCAUGUUCGCAUUCCAUUUUCGUACUGGGCCGUCGAGGUCUACGACGGCGACCCCUAUCUGUUUCGCACGAGCUGGCGGUACCUGCUUCGCGGGAUCGAGUGGGCCCGCAAGUACGGCCUGCGCGUCAACCUCGACUUGCACGGCCUGCCGGGCAGCCAGAACGGCUGGAACCACAGCGGUCGGCAGGGCGCCAUUGGCUGGAUGAACGGGACGGACGGCGAGCUCAACGUGCAGCGGUCGCUGGAUGUGCAUGACAGGCUGUCGCAGUUCUUUGCCCAGCCGCGGUACAAGAACGUGAUCUCGCACUACGGACUGGCCAACGAGCCGCGCAUGACAUUCCUGUCGAUGGCGUCGGUGAUGAACUGGACGCAGGCGGCCGCGGCACUGAUCCGCAAGAACGGCGUCAGCAACGAGACCAUCAUUGUGUUUGGCGACGGAUUCUGCGGCCUCGACAAGUGGCAGGGCCAGCCCAACACGUACAAUCUGGCGCUCGACGUGCACCAGUACGAGAUCUUCAACAACGACCAGAUUGUGUACUCGCACGAAGAGAAAAUCACGUAUGCGUGCCGCGGCUGGACGGCGCAGACCGAACAGAGCAUGAACACGGCGACCGGCUUCGGCCCGACCAUCACAGCCGAGUGGUCGCAGGCGGACACGGACUGCGCGCCGUACCUCGGCAACGUCGGCAACGGCAACCGCUGGACCGGCACCUACGACGUGGGCAACGCGUCGCUCAACGCGCUGACGCCCAAGUGCCCGGCCCAGGACGCGACGUGCUCGUGCAACAACGCCAACGCCGACCCCAGCACCUACUCGGACGCCUACAAGCAGUUCCUCCUCACGUUUGCCGAAGCGCAGAUGGACGCCUUCGAGACGGGCUGGGGCUGGUGGUACUGGACGUGGGACACGGAGGCGGCCACGCAGUGGUCGUACCGGAAAGGACUGGCCGCAGGCAUUCUCCCGGCGGACGCGUCGUCGCGGUCCUUUUCCUGCUCGUCGGGCACGAUUCCGUCGUUUGCCGACCUACCAGAGACCUAUUGA